UUAUUUUAUUUGUUUUAAAUGAUUUAAGGUACACCCAUCUUUUGGCAUCCACAAAAUUGAAGGGAAAUGGCAAAGGAAACGAUGCAGUUCACUGGUACUCGUACUGUACUUUAGCAUUUUACAAUUUCUACUGCCCAGUUUCCAAUUGAUGCGAAUUUCUAUCUUCCAUUGAAGCAGCUUCUGAGGCUUUAAAGCUUUCCCCGUUGAUGGCAGAGCUAAAGGAGCCCCUCCUUUCAAGGAAACCUGCCUCAGCUGCAAACCUUAGAGAGAUAUCAUAUCAUCCCUCUGGGUCUGGGCGCCCACCCUUUCAAGGGAUGGAUGUUUCGGGCUUGAAGAAGCGAGGACAGAGCAGUCGCUCAUGGAUCCGAGUUGAUACUUCUGGGAAUUCAGGGGUAAUAGAAGUUGACAAAUUCACAAUGAUGCGUCGCUGCGACCUCCCUGCCCGUGAUUUACGACUGCUUGAUCCGCUUUUUGUGUAUCCAUCCACUAUCCUUGGUCGAGAGAAGGCCAUAGUUGUAAAUUUGGAGCAGAUCCGUUGUAUUAUCACAGCUGAAGAGGUUCUUCUUUUGAAUUCCCUUGAUAGCUACGUAUUACAAUAUGUUGUAGAGCUUCAGAGACGGUUGAGGAAUGCUGGUGCUGGUGAGGCUUGGCAGUCGGAAGAUGCUAUGACCCGAAUGAGAGGCAAUAGAAACUUUGACACCUCAUCACCUGAUUAUUUACCUUUUGAGUUCAAAGCACUGGAAGUUGCUUUGGAGGCUGCUUGCUCAUUUCUUGAUUCUCAGGCUUCUGAAUUAGAAAUUGAAGCAUAUCCAUUGCUUGAUGAAUUAACAUCAAAGAUCAGUACUUUAAAUUUGGAACGUGUGCGCCGACUGAAAAGCAGACUUGUUGCCUUGACUCGAAGAGUGCAGAAGGUUAGGGAUGAGAUAGAGCAACUAAUGGAUGAUGAUGGGGAUAUGGCAGAAAUGUAUCUUACAGAGAAGAAGUCACGGAUGGAAAUGUCAUUGUAUGGUGAUCAAUCAAUCUUAGGUUUGAGAUCAAAUGAUGGUGCAGUGUCCAUCUCGGCUCCUGUUUCUCCUGUCUCCUCUGCCUUGGAUUCACGAAAAUUAGAGAAAAGCUUCAGUAUCUCAAGAAGCCGGCACGGAAGCUUGAAAAGUACAGAUAGUGCUACAGAGAGUAUAGAAGAGCUGGAAAUGCUCUUGGAAGCUUACUUUGUGGUCAUUGACAGCACCCUUAACAAACUUACAUCACUGAAGGAGUACAUUGAGGACACUGAAGAUUUCAUUAAUAUUCAGCUGGACAAUGUCCGAAACCAACUGAUUCAGUUUGAAUUGCUGCUAACUACUGCAACAUUUGUUGUUGCCAUAUUCGGAGUGGUAGCGGGAAUUUUUGGAAUGAAUUUUGAAAUUGAAUUAUUUAAUUACCCUGAUGCGUUUAAAUGGACUCUCCUCAUCACGGGAACAACUGGGCUCGUUAUAUUUGGUUCAUUUUUAUGGUUUUUCAGAUACAAAAGGCUAAUGCCGCUGUAAAUGCCUCUCAUAUAAGUGACGGAGACAGUCAUAAUCCUAAGCAAUUCUUUUGCAAAAUAGGUUACAUCAGCCGUAUAUUUGUUGGGCCAAAUACAAUUAUGUUUCUGAUGUAGAUAUAAUUUUGUUCAUUUUUGACAUAUUCAUCAAUUUCUGAUUGAACUUUCUUGUUAGAUAAUCAAGUUCAUGUAUUGUUGAGGUGGGUAUUGCUCGUCUUUUCUUCACACCGUUGGUGAUUUCAAGUGGAGACAACGCGAAUGGGAAUAGAUAAAGUAUAUACCAUAUAAUACCAUAUAAUCUUGCUUCCAUUAGGAAUUUAUUUCUA